CGGAACUAGAAAUUGCUGCAAUCGUACUUUGAAACAUUUUGCUUUCAUUUCAGGCAUACCUCAUCGACACUCGUCGAUUGAUGAUUUUCGAAUGCUGAUUUUAGAGUAAUAUUUCACCUGCAAGAUUGAAAAGAAUAAAUACGGAUGGAAAAUUCGACUCUGAAUAGAGGGAUUUACCCCUUCGCUUUUGUGAUCUUCAUGGACAGCCUGGGUUUAACCCUUUCCGUGUCACUGAACGUUUUUCAUGUUUUGGUUUUAGCACGCACUGUUUCUCUAUUCUCGAUGAAUCUCCGUCUGUGCCUCAAAGUGUUAGCCCUCUCUGACAUUCUCGGCGGACUUCUAUGUUAUGGAAUGGAAAUUAUCGUUUAUUUCAAAAGAGAAAUUGUCACAUCAAACGUUCAUGGGUGCAAUAUGGCAGCAGCUUUCUGCACAAUCUUCGUGGGUUUUUCUCAGUUUAUACUGUUCGUUAUUACCAUUGAUCGAUAUAUAGCAGUGACACGCCCUCUCCAGUACUUCAAUACCUUACCUAGGAGGCGUAUUAGGAUCCUACUGCUUACUGCUUUUGUCGGUGGAGUGUUCACAGGGAUAGGACGAUCUGUUCAUGGCACAAUGAUUGAUUACUGCGACUUCAACACCUCGCAUAAAUUAUUCACACAACUUAUCAUGGUUAUAUAUCACAUAGUACCUAUAGCAUUGGUAAUGAUCACAACUUUCCUCAAUGCGCGUCUUUUGUCGAUCGCACGCGCACAUGCGAAACGAAACAAAACUACUCACCAAUCACGUGACACUUCGCAUGACCCGGAACAACAUUCAUUCUCAGAAAGGUUUAAGAGCGCAAUAACGAUUUCUGCAGUUGUGGGAGCCAGCUAUAUGGUGUGGUUGCCUUACCUUACCAUAACCAUAAUGUGCCUAGCUAUGAAUUCAGACCUGUCUUUCGUCGGCAAGGCUGUAAUGUACUGGUUACUUUAUGCCACUUUCUGGCUCAAUCCUAUCGUCAUUGGCGUUGUCAGUGAAAAAUACAGGAACGCAGUUCAUAAAGCCAUCAAGGGCAGAGUGCUCAGUCCCUCAAAUUCUUCAAGUAAUUCUGAACUCUGCAGAUUCAGACAUUCUUCUCGAGAACAGGUUGUUGAGGCUCACGACAAAAAUUAGGAAUUGGUUAUCCAAAAUGAUCCCGAAAUGACAAGUGGUGUUUUUUAG